AUGGCGUUAAUCAUGUCGUUUGUGUCGGUCGCGGUGUCUAUACUUUACACGCCGUUCCUUCUUCUCAUUCUGUGCAUAAUAUUCCUGGCUUCUAUCGGCAAAUCUUUGGGCGUGCGUCGGCUAUAUGUGAACAUAUUACUCAAACUCUUCGAGUAUGGCCGCCAACACAUCGAAGUUGCGAAGAAGCUGCAACGGAACGACAGCUCAGACGACGACGAGCCGCCCGUGCCGGACGACAAGCCGCCGUCCGCCAUAUUUAAAGAGAACGGCAUCAACGGCACGAAGAUGACAGUGAUAGAGCGAGAGGAGAUCCUCGGGCCUUCGCCGGAGCUCAACUACAAAAGAAGCGCCAGCCAGGAGAGGGUUUCCAACGGCGUGCGGCCUGACACAGGGAAGGGAGAGGGGGCGAAAGAGAACUUGAACAACCUGGAGUUCCACCUCAACCACUGCAUGGAUCUGGUCAAAGCUGGCAUGGAGUCCAUCAUAGAAGACCAGGUCACCUCCGUCUUUGAGGCUGAAGAGUUGAGAAGUUGGAACCUCCUCACCAGAACCAACAUGCAGUACGAGUUCCUCUCCUGGCGGCUGACCAUUAUCUGGAUGAUGGGUUUCGUGGUUCGAUACUUCUUCCUUCUGCCUCUGCGGAUCAUGAUCUUCGUCAUCGGGAUAAUAUUCAUGCUGACAAUGACAACGGUCGCCAGCACGCUCCCGCCGGGCCGAGUUCAGCGUAUCAUAGGCAUGAUGUCCUACAUGAUAUCUAUGCGCAUCAUGAUUCGCUCGCUGUCCGUCGUGAUCGACUAUCACGACAAACAGAACAUGCCCAAAGGCGGAAUAUGCGCGGCAAACCACACUACGAUCAUAGAUGUCGCUGUGCUGAGUUGCAAUCAGUGUUUCUCUAUGGUCUGGUGGCUCGUUCUAUGCACGGCUUGCGUCGGCACGCUGCCCGACGGGCGUCUCAAACAGCGCGUCAACUACGGCGUGUCCAUCAUGUGCUUCAACUUCCUAUCGCGGUGCAUCAGCGCCGUGAUCACAUAUCACGAUGAAGACAAUAAGCCGAAGAGCGGGAUAUGCGUGGCUAACCACACUAGCCCCAUCGACGCCUUGGUGCUGAUGUGCGACAACACCUACUCACUGAUAGGGCAGCGUCACGGUGGUUUCCUAGGCAUCCUACAGAGGGCGCUCGCGCGCGCCUCUCCGCACAUCUGGUUUGAGAGGUCGGAGGUUAAAGACAGACACGCUGUGGCCAGAAGGCUAAAAGAGCACAUAUCAGUCCCUGAUAACCCGCCCAUCCUGAUCUUCCCGGAGGGCACCUGCAUCAACAACACUUCAGUAAUGCAGUUCAAGAAAGGCAGUUUCGAAGUCGGUGGCUGGAUCUACCCUGUUGCCAUUAAAUACGACCCCCGUUUCGGUGACGCGUUCUGGAACAGUUCCCGCUACGGCAUGCUACACUAUCUCCUUAACAUGAUGUCAUCCUGGGCCAUCGUAUGCGAUGUGUGGUACCUACCCCCCAUGAAGAGAGGAGAGAGGGAAGAUGCUGUUGCGUUCGCUAACAGAGUGAAGGCGUGCGUGGCGGCUAGGGGAGGCCUAAUAGAUUUACAAUGGGACGGGCAAUUAAAACGCACGAAGGCGAAGAAAGAAUGGCGAGAACUACAACAAGAAGAAUUCAGCAAACGGUUAAAAGGAGAAUGAAGAUACCGGGUCGAAGUAACAGGUAAAAAUACCUGGAAAAUACUAGCGCGCCCGGAACAGAGACUUGUACUGAGUGUUAAUACUUGUGACUUAAAAGUGAGUGAGUUAUAUGACUAGUGUAGGUACGUUUUGUAUGGAGAAAUACCUGUUAGUAUUUUAUUAGAUACGCUUUAAGCGUAGUUUGUAUAUUUUGAAGCCAUAUUGCUUAGGUAGUGUGUUAUUUAAAAAAAUAAUCGGAAACUAAGAAUUUGUAUUGUUCUUAGAAUUAGGGUAUAAGAUAUACUACCCCUAAACAC